UCUUUUUAGUUAACUACAAAUUUAGUUCAAAAUGGAGAUUGAGGCGGGUGAGAGAGCCCCAUUAUCGGGGUGCAGUAAAGUAACCACAUUUAUUGCCAACCACUGGAAAGGUUUAGUCGUAUUUCUAGUGCCUCUAUUAUGUUUACCUGUGAUGUUAAUGAAUAAUACUCCUGAAUAUCGUUGUAUGUACCUGCUUAUUGUUAUGGCUAUAUUUUGGGUAACUGAAGCCUUGCCCCUCUAUGUCACCUCAAUGAUUCCAAUUGUAGCGUUUCCUGUAAUGGGUAUAAUGAGUUCCGAUCAAACGUGUAGAUUAUAUUUCAAAGAUACACUUGUAAUGUUUAUGGGUGGCAUUAUGGUCGCCUUAGCUAUUGAAUAUUGUAAUUUACAUAAACGUUUAGCUUUGCGCGUUAUACAAAUUGUUGGCUGCAGUCCUAGAAGAUUACACUUUGGUUUAAUUUUCGUUACCAUGUUCUUGUCCAUGUGGAUUUCGAAUGCUGCCUGUACCGCUAUGAUGUGUCCCAUUAUUCAGGCCGUUUUGGAGGAAUUACAACAGCAAGGUCUUUGCAAAAUGAAUCGUGAACCACAAUAUCAAAUUGUGGGCAACAAUAAGAAGAAUGGUGAAGAAGAACCACCAUAUCCUUCCAAAGUUACCUUAUGCUAUUUCUUGGGUGUUGCCUAUGCCUCCUCCAUGGGUGGUUGCGGUACUGUUAUUGGCACUGCCACCAACUUAACCUUCAAGGGUAUCUAUGAAAGUCGUUUCCCCACCUCUACCGAAACUUUGGAUUUCCCCACUUUUAUGUUCUAUUCCGUGCCCUCUAUGUUGAUUUAUACUGGUUUAAUGUUCUUGUGGCUGCAGUACCACUAUAUGGGCUUAUUCCGUCCCAAGAGCAAAGAAGCUGAGGAGGUUAAAUUGGGUAAUCAGGGAGCCGAUGUUGCCCGUAAGGUUAUCGAUCAACGUUAUAAGGAAUUGGGUCCUAUGAGUGCUCAUGAAAUUCAAGUUAUGAUUUUGUUUAUCAUCAUGGUUAUUAUGUAUUUCACCCGUAAACCAGGCAUUUUCCCCGGUUGGGCUGAUUGGUUGGAUGCCAAAGAUAUUCGUAACUCUAUGCCCACCAUUUUUGUGGUCAUUAUGUGUUUCAUGUUGCCCGCCAAUUAUGCUUUUAUGCGUUAUUGCUGCAAUCGUCGUAACUUGGAAUUGCCCACUGCCCCAACUCCUUCUUUGAUUACGUGGAAAUUUAUUCAAUCUAAAGUACCAUGGGGUUUGGUAUUCUUGUUGGGCGGUGGUUUUGCUUUGGCUGAGGGCAGUAAAGUCAGUGGUAUGGCUACUUUGAUUGGUAAUGCCUUGAUUGGUUUGAAGGCUUUGCCUCAUGCUGUUCUAUUGUUUGUCAUCAUUAUUGUGGCUGUUGUUUUAACGGCGUUCAGUUCGAAUGUUGCUAUUGCUAAUAUUAUGGUUCCUGUUUUGGCUGAAAUGUCAAUUGCCAUUGAAAUUCAUCCUUUGUACUUAAUCUUGCCUGCCGGUUUGGCUUGCAGUAUGGCCUUCCAUUUGCCAGUCAGUACACCACCCAAUGCUUUAGUAGCUGGUUAUGCUAAUAUUCGUACAAAGGAUAUGGCCAUCGCUGGUAUUGGUCCCACCGUUAUCAGUAUCAUUGUCUUGUUUGUAUUCUGUCAAACAUGGGGUUUGGUAGUGUAUCCCAAUCUUACCACAUUCCCCGAUUGGGCACGUACCAUAGCACUAAAUGCUACGCAUUAAAUGUUGCAUCCACAACAACAACAACAACCACAUCCCUCUAAACAUCAACCAACACACCAACCACUACAUCCUAAAUUAGUUUUUAAGUUUUAAAACGAUUUUUUUUUUUAAUUUCUAACAUUCAUACUAGAGUGCUUGUUCUAGCAUAAAGGGGCGUAAACAUGCCCCCCUAAGGCAAUGUUCUUUUUAAACAACAACUUAAGCUCUAACCACUUAUAAAACAUAAAAAGUGGUUUCAUCUUUUUGUAGGCAAUUUUGUUUUGUUUUUAUUUUUAAAACUAAAACACAUUUUUAAUUUAGAAAAAUUAAAAUUUUUUUUAAACAAAAUUUCAUUUUUUUCAAAGAAAACUUUAUUUAAGUUAAAAAAGCCAAUUUAAAAAAAAUUUAAAUGUUUGUUAACUGUAUGUGUAGUUUUUAAGUAAAAGAAAAACUUAAUAUUUUUUUUUUUUAAUAUUUAAGUAUAAUAAAAUUAAAUUUAAAAUAUAUGUUUUAACAUAUCUUUUAUUAGCAAAAAAACAUAUAUUGUUAUAGUUUUAUAUACUCUAGUUGACAAAAAAGUACCGUAUUUAAAGAAAACUAUAUAAUCAUGAUACCGUUUAUAGUACUUUGUACUUUUUUUUUUAAAUAACUAUAAAUAUUAAUUAAUGAAUAUUUAUAACUUGAUGCAUUUCUGUUCUAAUAGUUUCAUUUUAUUUUGAUACAAUUAUAUAUAUACAAAGACACACACACACACACUUACGCAAACAGCUAAACAAACUAAAAUUUUCUUAAUAAAUAGCAAAUGUAUAUGAAUCCAUAAAAAUAACUCAGAAAAGAAUAUGUAAUUUUAAAAUUAUACCUACAAAUACAAAAUAAUAGAAGAAAAAACUAUAUAUUUUUACAAAAAAAAAACAUUUAUGUACUUUAAUAUGUAAAAAUACAAAUUUUAAAAAAAUUUUAAAAAAUAAUAAAAAAAU